UAUAUAAAAAUCCCCAUCUCUCUCCCUCUCUUUUUUCUUACCGCUUGAAACUAGAAUCCAUUGAAAGACACUUUUGGGGUUUCGAGCUGUGUUCCUUUUAAGGCUAGGUCAACGAUAGCGGCCCCUCUCAAUUUCCAUCUCUCCUUCUUCUUCUCUUUCUUCGUUAUUCACUUCCUUUUAUAGUCACCAACCCUUUUGAUCGUGUUGAAUUCAUUGAAAUCGGUCGUUUUAGGCAGAUUUCUGUGCUGGGUAUCUUUUAAUUUGGUGAUAGAUUUGGAAAGUUGAGAGCUUUUCAGGAAGAUUUUUGGAAAAUUUAGUAGGAUUUUUUUUUUGUAAGUUGCUGCACAGAGAAUUCAUUGAAUCGGUCCCUUCAGGCAAAUUUCUGCGUUGGGUAUCUCUUAGUUUGGUGAUAGCUUUGGAAAGGCGAGAGCUUUUUAAUAAAUGUCCAUUGCAAAUAGUAGGAUUUUUUAAAAGGAUUUUUUUGUUCUAGCACAAAGAAUUCUAGGUCUUGUGAUGGAAUCAAGGAAGGAAGAGAAGGAAAUGGGUGUGGAGACUUCAUCUGGGGCUAAAGAAGCGGGGUUGAGGUCUAGGUUGAAAGGGUUUGGGAGCUUUGGGAGUAGUUUUGGAUCAAAAGAUAUGUUCUUUAGAGCAGAUAAGAUUGAUCUGAAGAGUUUGGAUGUUCAACUGGAGAACCAGCUCAAUAAGGUUUGGAACAAGGGGAAGGGUACUAGUACUGAAAGGCCGAAAGAAGAGUGGGAGAUUGAUUUGUCGAAGCUUGAGAUUCGAUAUGAAGUAGCUCGAGGAACUUAUGGAACUGUUUAUAGAGGCACUUAUGAUGGCCAGGAUGUUGCAGUGAAGCUGUUGGAUUGGGGCGAAGAUGGUCUUGCUACAGAUGCUGAAACUGCUGCUCUUCGGGCAUCUUUUCAAACAGAGGUUGCUGUUUGGCAUAAGCUUGAUCAUCCUAAUGUUACAAAGUUUGUUGGUGCAUCAAUGGGAACAACAGAUCUUAAGAUUCCAAUGAAGCAUCCCACAAGCGACGGUCAGAAUCACCUCCCAGCUCGAGCAUGUUGUGUUGUUGUGGAAUAUCUUACUGGGGGAACAUUGAAAAAGUAUUUGAUAAAGAACAGGCGAAAGAAACUUACCUAUAAGAACGUGAUUCAGUUGGCAUUGGAUUUAGCCAGAGGGUUGAGUUAUCUCCACUCAAGAAAAAUUGUUCAUCGGGAUGUCAAAACUGAAAACAUGUUGCUUGAUUAUCCUAAUAGAACCCUGAAGAUUGCUGACUUUGGAGUUGCUCGUGUUGAGGCUCAAAAUCCUAAGGAUAUGACUGGUGAAACUGGGACCCUUGGUUACAUGGCUCCUGAGGUUCUCGAUGGCAAGCCAUACAAUAGAAAGUGCGACGUGUACAGCUUUGGCAUUUGCUUAUGGGAGAUCUACUGCUGUGACAUGCCAUAUCCCGACCUCAGUUUUGCUGAUGUUUCUUCUGCUGUUGUCCGUCAGAAUCUAAGACCAGAUAUUCCGAGAUGCUGUCCAAGUGCUCUGGCAAACAUUAUGCGAAGAUGUUGGGAUGCAAAUCCGGAUAAAAGACCCGAUAUGGACGAGGUUGUGAAGCUUUUGGAGGCAAUUGAUACCGAUAAAGGACGUGGUAUGAUUGCUGAGGACGAGAAAGUUCGGUGCUGUCCUAUGUUCUUUUCGAGUAAAGGGCGGUAACUCCUGAUUCUUUUGAAGUAUGAACCCUAAUUUUCUCUUUUCUUUUCCUUGGUUAUUGUCAUUUGAGGAGCUUAUACAGUGGCUUUCUUUACAUGGACUUUGUCUUGGAAUUUAUUGGUGGUUCAAGCUUACAUUGCUUGUUUAUCUUUUGGAUUGUUUGGGGGUAUUUAAAUUAUAUCUCUGAUGAGAAUGAUACUGUUCUUGUAAAUGGUUUUAUCCUCCAUUGUUAAUAAAGUUUGUCAGGUGUGACUUUCUUGAUA